UCGGAAGAUCAAUUGAAAAUAAGUUUCCGUACGCUUUAUAGAUGUGCCUAUACUCAUUUAUGGCAGGUUUUAGUAAUGCUUGAAAGGAAUGAUGAGGCUUUAUACGCUGCUGAGAGGGGACGAGCACAAGCUUUGCUCGAUGCCUUAAAAGUAACUUAUGGCCUUACAUCACUUUUCCCCAGCUCAAUUGAAUCUGAAGAAGAAGUCAGAAAUAUUUCAAGGAAGACAACUGUUUUAACAGUUUUUCUUGCCCUGCAAAAGAAAACAGUCAAUUUGUGGGUGUUGGGAAAAGAAGACAACCCUAUCUUUAGGCGAUUGAAGUUACAAGGAAUUGGAAAAGAGCACGAAGAUUCCUUUUCUUUCCUUUUAGACUUUGUUUUGGGAUGCAUUGGGGCUGGCAGAGGUAUCAGGUGCGAAAAUCGGUCAAUGGAUAAGAUCAGUGAUGACCAAACUUCAACUACUCGAGACAAUGAUCAAACAUCGGAGCCAAUACAGGGGACCACCGACCUUUUACAGCCAUUAUAUGAUGUAGCUCUUGGUCCCAUUGAAGACUUGCUUGAUGGUGAUGAACUAAUAGUAGUUCCUGACGGCGCUUUGUCUAAAUUUCCUUGGGCAGCCCUGAGUGAAACUUUAAGGAUCCGGACUGUUCCCUCACUGACAAGUUUGAAAGUCAUCACACAUUCUGCAAUUGAAUACCACAGUAAAAGUGGAGCCAUGCUAGUUGGAGAUCCAUGCUUGAAGAAAAUUACAGAUAGACGGGGGAGGUCCAUUUAUGAUCCUCUGAAGUACGCAAGAAUGGAAGUGGAGAUGAUUGGAAAAAUUUUAAAGAGUCAACCCUUAACAGGUGAAGAUGCAACCAAAGAAGCGGUACUUCAGGGAAUCGGGUUAGUUGCUUUGGUACACAUUGCAGCCCACGGAAGAAAGGAAACCGGAGAAAUUGUUUUGGCUCCAGACCCCCGAUGGGAAUCCAAGCCUCUUAAGGAGGAGGAUUGCAUUAUGAAAAUGUCUGACAUACAAGCUGUUAAGCUGAGAGCGAGGCUGGUUGUGCUUAGCUGUUGCCACAGUGGUCAAGGAGAGGUCUCGUCUGAGGGUGUGGUCGGUAUGGCACGUGCUUUCUUGUUUGCUGGUGCUCGUUCCGUGCUGGCGACACUCUGGGCAAUUGAUGACGAAGCCACAAUGAUGUUUAUG